CAAGAUAAAUACUAAGUAAGAUCUUCCUAACACGUUGGCUUUUCAGUUGGCGCUCAUAAACGCACAAUGAAGCACUUGAUUCUCCUGACCUUGUCAUGCUUGGCCAUGGCCACAGCUUCCACUUUACAGGUUAAGUCCCGUCAAGCUGACCCUUGCGAGGAUUGCAAGUCUGGAACAGAGAGCCUCUUUGAAUAUCUUCAAACACCCAUGGAGGUGACCAAACAAACGGAUGAUCUCAUCAAAGUGGCUUGCCCAGAAUUCGAGAACUUCGGUGGGUGCGAGGUGGGUGUUCUGGAUUGGUGGGGUGAGCUCAACAAGAUCUAUUUCUCCAGUCCUUACAGCGUUAGUGGAGUUUGCACUGGCAUGCAAGCCUGUAAUGGAACCACUCAAGCCAGAGAAUGGAAUUGUGAGACUUGCCAAAGCCUAAUCUCGCAAGUCGGAGAUGCGAUGGUCCUCCCUGAGUCUGUGGACGGCACAGUGGAGCUUUUCAAUGAAGAUUUUUGCGCAGCCUUCGAUGGAGAACCGCAGAAUGCUUGCAACAUUUGGGUUGCUGAAUUCACUCCCGUUGGCAUGCCCGUUAUCGCCAACCAUAUCAAGAAGCACAAGGAAGAAAGCUGCAAUAUCGUCUACGAUAAUGUCUGCAUGGGCGGUCGUUAAGAGAUUGCGUGAGAUGUAUCUUGUAGCUUGCGAGGAAAAUAUAAUGUCUACUCAAUUGCUGGA